ACUUGGGCGCGCCAUCAAGCUUUGCAACCAGCAGCACCAGCUGAGGCCCGGCCGUCAAGCUUGUAUCUCCCGCGACCCGCAAGAGCCGCUCUCCCCUUCUGCACCUGCUACAAGUUCGCUCAGGUCACCAAGAAUGCCAACCAACCCCGUGUACCUCGUUGACCUGUACGUGUACAAGCCGCCCGAGGAGCUGGUGGUGUCCAUGGUGGACGUGGACGUGGCGUGGAACGAGCGCCGCAAGCAUGAGGGCAGCAUCUUCACCAAGGACACCCUGAGCGAGGAGGACCAGGCCAAGGCCGACGCCGAGGCCCAAGACAUCAUUGACUUCCAGUACCGCGUGUGGCAGAAGUCGGGCCUGUCCGACAACGCCACCUACCUGCCCAAGUCCGUGCACCCCAAGUUCUGCGGCAACAACCCGAAAACCGACAUGGACAGUGCGGCGGCGGAGUGCCGCAUGGCGGUGUGCGGCGCCGUGGAGGGCCUGUUCAAAAAGACUGGCCUGCGUCCCAAGGACAUCGACAUUCUGGUCACCACCUGCUCCGUCUACUGCCCCACCCCCUCCAUGGCUUCCAUGGUGGUCAACGCCUUCGGCAUGCGCAAGGACGUCCAGGCCUACCACCUGGGCGGCAUGGGCUGCGCCAACGGCGUCGUGGGCAUCAACAUGGUGGCAGACCUGCUCAAGGCGCAUCCCAACUCCAACGCGCUGUUUGUGACCAACGAGACCACCACGCCCGCCUUCUACAAGGGCCGCGACAAGCACCGCCUGGUGACCAACGUGCUGUUCCGCAUGGGCGGAGCCGCAGUGCUGCUCACCAACAAGCGGGCGCUCAUCCCGCGCGCCAAGUACGCGCUGCAGCACCGGGUGCGCGUGCACUGCGGGGCCUCCAACGAGGCUUACAAGUGCAUCUGGUACGGCCCGGACGCUGAGGGCCUGAACGGCAUCUACCUGGGCCUGGACGUGGUGAAGGAGGCAAGCAAGGGGCUGACGUACGCCAUGAUGCGCGUGGGGCGGUACGUGCUGACGUGGGGCCAGAUUGGGCAGUGGCUGUGGACGGAGGCGCAGCGGCGGCUGCUGGGGCGCAAGGACGUCGCGCCAUACUCGCCCUGCUUCGGCGACUGCAUCAACCACUUCCUCAUCCAUGCCGGUGGCGCCAAGGUGCUUGACGGCAUCGGCAAGAACCUCAAGAUCACGGAGUCGCACCUCUGGCCCAGCCGCACAGUGCUGCGCUACUACGGCAACGUGUCGAGCAGCACGACCUGGUACACACUGGCUGCGGUGGAGAGCCUGCGCGGCGUGCGCAAGGGCGAUAAGGUGCUGCAGAUCGGCGUGGGCAGCGGCAUCAAGGUCGGCGUCAAUGUGUGGAAGGCGCUGCACGACAUCGAGGAUGUGCACGACGCCUGGCGCAUGCGCGCCGAGGCCGGCGACCGCACGCGGCUGCCCAACGUGCAACACGGUGCGCUGCACUUCGGCUUGCGCCUGCUCAGCCUGGCGCUGCUGGCGCUGCUGCUGGCGCUGCUGGUGCGGUUCGUGGUGCCGCUGACCCACCCCAGCGCGCUGCAAGCCGGCGGCGUGGGCCCAGGCCUGGAGGGCCUGAUGGCGUCGGUGGGCGGCGUCGUGCGCGGCACUGCGCAGCGGCUGCUGGGUGGCGGCGGCGAGGCCGCGGCGGCUGCGGCCGCAGGCUCCGGCGCCGUUUAAGUGAGCGGCAGAGGCUUGUGGCGUGCUGUGAGCUCGGUGGCGGCGGCGUGCGUGGUGGCGGCUCAGCAGGAGGAUUCUGGCUAAGUUGAGGAGCAAUGCGGCAAGGGCCUGGCUGGUCUGGCGUGGGGUGGCCCGGGCCCGCAUGUUGUUUUAUGAAUUGGGGCGUACUGGGGGAGUAAAGGAAGCUGAGAAGCUGGGGGCGAUGUUGCUAGCUCGAAUGAAAGCAGCAGGCAUGUUGCUGUGCAUAGUACAUGGCACGAGCGCAUGGUGUGCAGUGUGUUCAUAGAGCACAAGGACAACAGAGAGUGAGUGUGUGUGUGUGUGUAUGUGUGUGUGUGUGUGUGUGCGUGUGCGUGUGCGUGUGCGUGUUUUGGCCAGCACCGGGCAGAGCUCGUACCAUGUUGGCUUGUGCGACCAUCCGCCAAGUGCCACGGACGGCAAGGCUAAAAGAGCGGCGUUGGGGAGGCUGUUCACAGAUGUGGCGGGCCCUUGAGAAGUGGCAUGGCAAGGUGGCAGUUUUGAUGGAGGUUGGAUAUGGCUGGGCCCAUGUCGGGCGAACAUGUAUCGGCGUGGGCGUGGGCGUGGGCAUGAAGACGUUGCAGACAAGCAUCGCCACGAUGCGGUAGAGCCAGGGAAACAACGAUUGUGCGGUCGAGGGGCGAUGGCAUUGAGAGCGAGAGCUGGGGCGGGGACAUCCAACAAUUUGCUGAGGACGUUGGUUUGGCACAACCGUCGCUGCCAUCAUUGCGCAGACACGGUGGGGAUGUAUAGUGUGUGCAUAA